UAAUUUAUUGUAGGAUAUAAGUUACACACCGUAACCGCAACAUUUCACACCUAAUUAAAAAUAUUGAGUACACAAUAGUCUUCGUUUUCAGGUUAAGGCGGCUUAGUAUUUGUCAUAUUAUAUAACAAGCAGCGAAUUGACUCAUUUUCCUUAUAUUUUUUUUAUUCAGUGUUGUAAGUAGCGUCAUGUUUUGAGGAUAAUUACUGUAUUAAGAUGGAAAGCCUUAGUAACAUUGGGAAUUUCCUAGAUUUAACCUUGUAAUUUUUUUUUUUUGAGCCCUCACGGAGCGCCAGUCAUUAUAUGUCCUAAUAGUGGUGUUUAUGGUAUUGUAUGCCCAUAGGUAUUGGUGAGGGAGAUACGGUGUAGUAUUAAAGGAGAGUAUUCCAAGCGGGUUGUGGGUAGGAGCAUGUAUUGUAGUAGGAGCAGCAAAGCUUAUCACUGAAUGCUUCCUGCCUGCCUGCCCCGGUGUCGUCAGUCUCCACUACGCUGGUGCUUCUCAACACACCCUCCCUCGCUCUCGCUUUUUUUCCUCUCUCUUUUCCUGCACCCAGUACCACCAGGCUCACUCUCUUGCCCUGGAAAAUUUGGCACUGUAACAGGUGGUAGUGCAGAGCGAGGCUCGCUCAGUGAUGAGUGUGCGGUAAUGUCAGAUCGCUACACUAUGCGUGUGCUUAUCUACUACCGUUCUCCACUUCACUCCCUCUUAGCUGGUUCAUCCUCUUAAACCAAGAAUUGUUUUUCAAGGUUUCAAAUUACACAAAUUAAUAAUUUGGGAAAAUUUACCUAUGCCGAAGUGAGUAAGGUUUGAAAUAACGUAAAAUUGUCAAUGAAAAUAAAAUUUGUUAAAAAUGUUGUAGCUUAAUGAUAAGAGCCCAGUUUAUGAGAGAGAUAGUGGCCAGGAGUGUGCUCAACAAUAAUUAACGCCCAAGUAAUACUGUACUCUGAUGUUAGUGCAAGUGAAACUCGAGUUUAUUUCGUGCAAGUCCUAAAGGUGUUUCAAUGUUCACUCGGAGGAAGAACAGUGUGGAGCACCUGCCAGGUGUUGAGGGUGCGCAGCUGAGACCUCACGCACAACACCGAGACCGGCUGCCUUCCCCUCCCAGGCGCUCCUCCUUUCACGGUUCCGAGUCCCACCUCGACCACCACAUUGGUCACCAGACCUUCGAGGAGAGGAAGAAGAAGUACGCUACAGCUCCCAUCACCAACCAUGACCAUGCUGCACGCAAAGCCCGCGGGGAAAAACCGCCUACGCUACCUAAAGGGAAGAAUAUCACGCCCGCGCCCUACCAGAAAACAUUUAUAGCAAUGUUAAGAAACAGGGACGGGAAGACAAGCAAACGGCGAAGUCAGGAUCUAAGCGAGAGCAUCCCGCCGGUGACGCCUCCGGCAGCAUCUCCCAAGCUGGCGAGCGGUGUGUUUUAUCAGCCCCUGACGGAGGGACUGAAUGUGGCACGACCACAGCCCCCUGUGCCUGCCGUCAAACACGCAGACCACCAACAGUAUAUUCAGCAGUAUUUCAACACUGAACCCCUGCAACCACCACCACUAGAGUUCACCCUCCUCUAUCCUCACCACCACCUCUAUCCUCCGCCCACUAAACACAGCUUGCAGCAACAGAAGAAAAAGUCAGGCACCCCGGUGAACAGAUCAGAGAGUCUCAAGGAAAAACAACAUGGGCGGAAACGGACGAGAGAGAACAGGAAGCACAGUGACCCUAACAUUCCCACCUCCAAGUCUGGGUAAGUACGCACUCAAGUUAUGAUGUACAUGUGUCAUUGUUCCGGAGUUUUAUUAUUUUUGUAGUGUCCGUCUGAUCAGUCAGGCUAUUGCUGUUCGCUGGCCAGCAGGCCACCACAACCUGGCUGAUCAGGUUGCACCUGCAGGAACUUCUUGGAUGAGUGGAAACUUUGUUCCGGCAAUACUUUUUUGGUCUGAAGAGUCCUGGACUUUGAGUAUUGACAGUGUUUUUUAAUUCAUAUUACCUCUACAUCUCUUAAUCCAUCUCCCGUACCUUUCGUUUCAGUAAGUUAUUUUUACAGUAGAGUGAUUACAUGUCUCAUGUUCGAGUAUCCGGCAGAAGGAUGCAGAUUUCUGUUGGUGCCCGGACUAUGUUGGUAUUCCAGACAAUGAAUGGGAAGUACGGAGGCGAAUUCUGCUUUAAUGAACUCGUUCUGUAGCACACUUUUGCUUUAAUGACUUCAUGAUCCAUGUACAUAUAUGUCCUUUGAGAAGUGUCAAGCCUGGUGGGCCCUACAGACAAGAAGCGAGUCAUACUGGAUUCGGCACCUCACGGGUAUUUGACCCUCUUUUUUUUUCAACGAGAAACGUCACUUUGAGAAGGAUCUCUGUUAACUGAGGAUCA